CAGACGACACAGCUCACUGUGUUAAGACAGCGACGAAACGGCUGCCGCCCGAUAAGUCAGUGAUAAUACGUUUCAACUUGUACAUAUUCCAGUGUUACCUAGUGCAGUGUAAACAUGUGUUCAAACUACCUCCAGUUGAUAUCAUCCGAUGAUAAAAUCUGCAAAAAACGAUCUAUAGGGUUUUGCGAAUCGGGAAAUUGGUUUAGAUAAGUGUUUUUUUUCCAGUAAUAACUAAAAUUGGCCGCCUCGUAACGCUGGACGGGAAUUUGUCAAUGUAAUAAUCCGCCGCUCUAAAUAGGCUAAGGUUAAAAAUAGGCAGUGACAGCGUAGGCGGGCUGACGCAGAAUGUCAACCUAGCUGUGUUGAGUGGUUACGUUGAGUGUCGUGUUGAUAUGCUGCGUUGACGGCUGGGAGAGAUGGGCAGUAGUUGUUCAUCUGGACAAGCUCAUAAAGACAAGGAUACAACUUCUCAGCGCUCCGAUGAAUCUCCCAGUUACCAAGUAUGCAAGAACAAGCCAGAGUCAGACCAGAAGACUGCUGUGGCUCCCACAGUGCAGAGUGGGGUUGUGUUGGAGCCGGCUACUGUGGAGUCAGUGGCCCGCCAGGCUCCCAGUGUUCAAGCUCCAGCCCCUGCUGUCACAGUGGGAGGCAACAAGGGUCCUAAGCCCUUCCGGAGCAUAGCGACCUCUAGCUACUCCACUGACUCAGUGUCUCCCAACUCUCCGCCCGGAGUGUUGAGUCCCAGGGAGGUAGACAAGUCCCGUUUGCCUCCACUGGUGCGUCGCCUGUCAGACAACAGUCAACACCUACUGCUAGGUGCGACCGCAGCCGCCCGGACCAACACUCGCUCUCGCAAGAUUGUCAUCUACAUCUGUGCUGCUGACUCACAAGAUUGCUGCAUUGAGAAAGGGGUGCUUCAUAACAAAAUCUAUCCUUCGUUACGAGAAAAGGCAGCCGGGAGGGGUUAUGAACUUCAUAUUGUUGAUCUUCAUUGGAAAACCGGGUUGGAGAAGCAGCAAGACCAUGAGUUUCCAGAGCUUUGUCUUGAAGAGCUUGCGAGGCAAUCGGACACGGGCUACGUCAUCCCUGUGCUGUUCCUGAGCAACUCUCUUGGCACUCCGCUGCUGCCCAAGACUAUCGAGACACAGGACUUUGAGAUGGCUCUGAGUCAGGCGGACAACAAGGCUCUGUUGACCAAGUGGUACCAACUCGACAGUCACGCUCAGCCGCCGUGCUACAGGCUGCAGCCCAUCGCCAGGCACAUACCUGGCUUCAAGGAGCAAUGUGUGGAAGAAAAAGAAAAGGCUCUUGCAGUUUGGUCGUCAGAGAUUGAGAGGAUACUGUCUGUUAUGUUGGCAGCAUUCCCUCAAGAGCUUCGAGACACGUAUCUCACGACUGUAGUUGAGCAGGAGGUUCACAACACAGUUCUGAUGAGCCAGGAGAUGGCGCGUCGUUGCUUGUGGCUUUGUCGGGUCUUCACCCACACGACGGAGGACCCGAGAGUCACGCUCUCCCCCGCCGACGCCGAGCUCAAGAGACGGCUGGAGACUCUACAAAAAGCGCUCAAAAAUCAGCUGAUUGAGCAACACAUCCUGCGACUGACAGUCAAGUGGCAAGAUGGAGGACUCAACACUGACAACACGGAACACGCACAAUACGUGGCUGAAGUCACUGCCAGUCUCACCCAGCGAUUGUCCACCACCAUAGAUAGUAUAAUAGAAGAAGAUCAAAACAAGACUGUGAUAAAAUCAAGCCAAGGAAUUGAAAGUGAGCUCCUCCAAGAGUUAAUGAUCCAAACCCACUUCACUCAGAGGGCAGCCCAGUGCAGUGUUAACAGGGAAGCCAUCUUGCGAGAACUAAGAAGCUAUGUUCUGGGAGAAACAUCAAACGGUAAGACCGUAGUGCUGCAUGGAGUCCCGGGUUGUGGUAAGACGACUCUGUUAGCCCGGGCUGCGCAGUGUUGCCACUCUUGGUUGCCAGACUGCGCAGUAGUGGUCAGGACGGCCAACAUCUCUCCGCAGAGCUCCACACUAGAACAGCUUCUGCGCACAAUCACCAUACAGUGUUCCAUCCUGAGCACCGGUUCACAAGUGUGGCUUAGGCAUAAUGUUGAAACCUACGCAGAACAUUUACCAAAGAUUUUGGAGACGGCAUCGCUACAACGCACAAUCAUUAUCAUUGUUGAUGGUGUUGACCAGCUUCAAGAGUAUGGAACAGUUGGAGUUGAUUGGCUGCCUUCUCCAUUGCCGCAAAAUGUGAAAAUUAUCCUCUCUAUCUCUCAGGAUAUUGCAUUGCUGCAAAAAAUGAAGACCAGACUCGGAAUUUCUGGAGUUUUCAUUCAGAUUCCUGAUCUGGACAAGGCGGAGGCGGAGAGUAUUCUGUUAUCUUCGGUGAUGGAGUAUAACCACAGUGUCAACAGUCACGUUCAGGAGUGUGUUGUCACUUCUGUCAAAGCUUGCACUCUUCCACUCUACGUCAAGGUACUGGCGUGGCAGACAUCUUGGUGUGACACGGAACACAACAUAGAACCUCAGGGGAAGGUUGACCAGCAACUGUCAGUCAUGCUGUCUCAGCUGGAGGAGAAGCUAGGCAAAGAGCAGGUCUCAUUGGCUAUCGGUCUCCUGUCCUCAGCAAAAUAUGGACUGACAGAUUCAGAAAUGCUCGACCUUCUUGCCUUUACUGAGGUGUUCCACAGCAAAGACACUUAUGUGGCGUGGGCGCCAGCCUGCCUGUUCUGGGCUCGUCUCAACAAGCAGUUGAGUCCGUUCCUACAGUGGGUCCCUGUCCAGGACACAUGUGUGCUACAGUGGCGCACAGCGACUGUACGCAACCACAUCUCUCAGCGCUACAACGCAAACCUCCCUCACGCGCGCAACAUGCUCAUUCAAUAUUAUAAGACCGAAAUGUCAAAGCAGAAGGAGGACAAGUUUUCUGCAAGGCAUUAUACUCAGGCUGUUAAAAUUGGGAACGGGUACAAUACCCGUAAACUAGAGGAGUUGCCAUUCCAGGAGUUUCACUCGUCAGGAACUCUGUGGUCGUAUCUGGAGGAUCAUGAGUGGCUCUACAGCAAAAUAUGUGGAGUUUCUGUAUACCAGGUUUUGGAGGACAUCAUUUUGGAGGAAAAAAGUAGUCAACACAAAGAAGACCUGAAGUGGCUGCGAAGCUUUUUGGAAGACAACGCGAGAUCAUUAGCGUAUGAUGGGAGACAGCUGUACAGUCUUCUUAGUGAUAUCACUUCUACAGUUGGGCUUUACAAGAACUGGAAAAGUGUUAUAGAAAAGCCACCAAUCCUUUCACUUGUGGCUGUUGUGCGAGAAGAAAUAACAGAUGAGGGGAAUGAGAUUUUAGACACUGACAAAUGUCUAGACAUGAUCAUCCGAUUACCAAAAAACCCAAACUUUAUAGUUACCAUAGCAACGGAGAAAGAAGAGAUAUCAGUUUGGGAUGUUGACACGUGCGUCAGAGUCAGAACGUUAAAAGGAGUUCCACAGCCUAUCAACCUAGAAAUGAUAGAUGACUUUCGAUGUGUAGUGUUGUGUAAAAGAGAACUUCGCACAUACAAUUUGAAUACUGGAACUCUCUUGACUAAGUUGAAAGGUGUUAUGAACCAGAAGAUGCCGUACUUUGGUUUGCAUGACUCGAAUCACCUGGUGGCUUUGUCUCGCAACCGCAUGUAUGUCAACUUGAUGAACCUGGAAACCGGAGAUCUUGUGACAACGUUCAAAGCCGGAGAAGACCGGUUUCUCAACUCCUUGCUGGUUUCUGGCGAUGGGAGGGUCUUAGUCUGUGGGGACGAGACUCAAAAGCCAUUCCCAUUGCUGGUGUGGAACCUAGCCUCUCGUAAGCUGUUGUACGACUUGCGCAUUCCCCAUCAUGAUUUCAUCACCACCCUAGCGGCCAUUACAUACGAAGGACACUAUGUGUGCUGUGUAGCCAAGGAGGUGGAUGAACCAAGCCCCAACUUCAUCGUCGUCUACGAUCUCCAGUCAGGGACUCUGUUCAAGAAGUGGAAGCCUUCUGUCAACACCGUAUCUCUGGACAUCUCGUCCAAGGACGGCUGUGUACUCAGCGGUCUGGAGGAUGGCAAGAUACUGGUGUGGGACUUGAUAACAGGCAACUGCAGAUGGCGCCUGAGUGGCCACAGUGCUCCGGUCACCAGUCUCAGGCUGGACCCAUGUGGAGGUUGCUUUCUCUCGCUGGACGCUGAGUGCCGCGACCGAUCACUGCGGCUGUGGAACCUCGUCGCAGGUGAGCUGAGUGCAGUGUGGACUCCCAAACGUCCCAUCACCGCCUGUGAGGUGACGGCCGGGGGCAAGCGUGUAGUGUUGGCAAUGGAAGGCUCACGCACACUAACCACUCUCCAGCUGUCGUCAGAUAGCCCCGGCCCCGAGCCCCCGCCUGUGUACGGACUAGCGGACAACAACGGUCUCACGUUUGACCUGACGGAGAGGUGACCUUCCCCUCUCGUCCCCACUAAUCACCGGCCCCGCCCCAGCUGGUCUAGGGCUCCGGGCCUGUGUUAACUGCCAUUAUGUUCGUUUCCUUUCACUGUUAGUCGUCGAUACGGUAAAAAACACCUUGUUGCUUCCUCAACCAAAAUUGUAAUGUGAGUUACUCGUGGGUCCGCCUAUCUAGUGUAAGUGCCCUGGGAGUACAAACCUGGAAAGACACGGUGGUAAAUUGCGUAUUGUGGUGGGUGGCUACUUUUGUAGUUUUUCAAUUUGGCCAAAAUCCUAGGUGUUGAGCAAUGAUACAGUGUUGUUUUGUAUUCCAGUUCUGAGCUCACACCUUAUUCACACUACAUUUUAGGGUGGAGAAAACCCUCAACCUUGACUAAAUUAUAUUUUAUUUGAACUUAAGUUUGUAAACUUCCCAGCAAACGACUGAAGCACCCUGGUCACAAUUAAUGCAGCACUAGAUUUUAAUUGUGCACAGCUAAAAGAUAAUCAGUGUUUGAUAUUACCUGUGAACAUCAUUUGUGAACAUUAGUGAAGUUUAGUACUAAAUUAAUUUUUACCAAAGUACUGGUAGGUAUGCAUGUUUCAUGCUCUCUUGAUUGUUUUGCUCGACAUCUCAUUUGUAUAAAGGCGUUUUUGGUAAAAUUUUGACAUAGCUUUAUAUUUUCCCUUUGCAGUUCAUUUUACAAGUCUCGAUCUUUAAUUAGGUAAGUUAGAUUUGUUUACUAACAAGUAGCUAUUCCACCAGAAAUUUCAUAACUAAAUUAAAAUAUUUUCAAUACCUCCUUUUCAAAGUUAUUUGGUUUUAAUCUAAUCCUUUAAUUCAAUUGCAAUGAAGCAAGAUGUUGGUCAUGAGAAUAACCCUGCAUUUUUUUUUUUAUUUCUACUUAUCUGAUGUGAAAUUAAUAAUGUAAUCUAUUUUUGAUCCAAGUUACACCAAGGGUUGAACUUUAUCAUUAAGUUAUUAACUAAUUUCCUGGCGCCCAAUCAACUUCUAUAUAAGGCCCUAUUUAGGUGGCAUCACACCCUAAGAAUUCAUCUGUGUUUUCAAAGACUUUUCCUAACCAAGUUAUUAUAAAUAAAUUAAAUUUACAAAUUACAUAUUUGAACAGUGAAAAACAUGUUUUCUCGGGAACGCCCAAGGCUAAAGUGUAAAAUUACACUGAAGCUUAAUCGUGUUUACAAAAGCAAACAAGGUGUUUCCAAUAAUCUGUAAAAACCCAUAAGCCCAAAGUUUCAUUCUGUAUGUGUGACUCUUCAUCCGAACCUGAACCACAGACUUGGACCAUCACUGUCGUAUAAACGUAUAGAUUCCGAAACCACUAAAGUAUAAAUAUUAUAUAAAUAUUAUACAUAAUAAAGUGUAUUUGCUGGCGUUUUCAUCUGGAAUGAAAACUGCCGCAACAUGUUAUUUGUGCCACAUUGUUAUUAUUUUUUGAUUGCGUAGAUUUAUUUUAUGAAUUUUAUAUUGUGCUAAGCACAUUAGCUAUAUAAGAGUUUAGACGAGAUACUAUCAAAUUACACUCUCACUCAUUUUGUGGUAUUAUUCUGUUACAAGAACUAAAAUGUUGUGUCUGAAUUUAUUAUCAGUAUUAGUUUUUACUCCAUAUUGUAACAGGGCUCAGUAAAAAUAAAUAUAAACUGAUGCAAACAAAUUUGUGUUGUAAUCUAGC